AUGUUCCCCAACGUCCAGAUGGCCGCAGCCGCGGCUGUUGACUCCCCAGUAGAAGCUAACAGAGAAGAGCAUGAAGAUAAAGAGGGAGGCAGACAACUUCCUGCUGCAGAGUCAGGCCCGAAGGAGGCGGAGGUGCCCUUCCGUACUCCGCACGCGCUGAGGGCAGAUUUCCACCGUCAGCAAGCAGAUGAAGGCCCAUUGAAAACGCCACAGCCAACUUCAGCGGAAGCGCCAGACACAGCAAGCACGCAGGAAACUAAGGAUUCCUCCGAAGGAGCAACCCACGGUCUCUCGCCCCAGCGAAGAGGACGACCAGGGGAGAAAUUCAGGGAUGAAUAUAAACCUUCCGACUUCACUGUUGAAUCCGUAGACUUGAACUUCCUCCUCGAUGACGCUAACACGAAGGUUUUUGCAACUAUAAUUUUGAAACGCGCGGAGGGAACUGUCCCCACAGACUUGGUGCUAAAUGGCGAAGAUAUGGAGCUUCUUUCUUUAAAGGUAAAUGGAAAAGUGGUUGAAGAGUUAAAAGAGAACCCCAAGGGUGGCGAUGAGGGAGCUGCAAAACAGGGUGGAAAGGAAGGCUACCGCUUAGGCUCUGACGACGUUCUGAUCGUAACUAAAGAGGCUCUUCCGCAGGAUGCUGGGGAGACCUUUACACUGCAAACUGAGGUAUCUAUACAUCCUGUAACAAAUCUCAAACUGAAAGGGUUGUAUGUUUCCGGCACGGCCCUCGUAACGCAAUGUGAAGCUGAAGGAUUCAGGAGGAUCACUUACUUCUUAGACCGACCCGAUGUAAUGGCGACAUACAAAGUUCGACUGGAGGCAAACAAAGCAAAGUACCCUAUCCUCCUCAGCAACGGCAACAAGGCAGACGAGGGUCCUGUAGAAGAUGCCCCGCACCGCCAUUUCGCUGUUUUUGACGAUCCCCACCCAAAACCAAGCUAUCUUUUUGCCAUUCUAGCUGGCAAUUUCGAGGCUAUAAGAGAUACUUUCACCACCAAAAGCGGCAAAGACGUGGCGCUUGCAGUGUACAGCGAGCCGGCGCAACUGCAUAAAUUGAACUGGGCGAUGCACAGCGUGAAGGUCAGCAUGAAAUGGGAAGAGGACAACUUCGGAAGGGAGUACGAUUUGGACGCAUUUAACGUUGCUUGUGUAUCGGAUUUCAAUGCGGGAGCAAUGGAGAACAAGGGCCUCAACAUAUUUAACUGCACUCUACUCCUCGCGAGCAUGGACACCAGCACAGAUGAGGAUUUCGAGCGUGUUCUUGCUAUUAUUGGCCAUGAGUACUUCCACAACUGGACAGGCAACCGCGUCACUGUCCGUGACUGGUUUCAGUUGACCUUGAAGGAAGGCUUAACUGUGUUCCGCGAACAACUAUUCAUGGGCUCUGUCUUGUCUGCCGGAGUGCAACGUAUUCAAGAAGUUGCAGACUUGAUUUCAAGACAGUUUGCCGAAGAUGACGGACCUAUGGCCCACCCAAUUCGGCCUGAAAGCUACUUAGCCAUGGACAACUUUUACACAGCUACUGUCUAUGAUAAAGGUGCAGAGGUUGUGCGCAUAUACCACACCUUGCUCGGCACCCCAGGGUUUCGAAAGGGAAUGGAUUUAUAUUUCCAACGCCACGACAACCAGGCCGCUACUUGUGAUGACUUUCGCGCAGCGAUGGCAGACUCAAAUGGUGUAAAUUUGGACCAAAUGGAACGCUGGUAUACCCAAGCUGGAACUCCCCGUCUGGAAGUUCUGAAGGCCGCGUUGAACAAGGAGACAAAAGUGUUCGAAAUUCGUUUCAAGCAGUACACUCCAGCAACUCCCGGACAGAACAAGAAGCUACCUCAAGUCAUUCCCAUAAAAAUGGGUUUGAUCGGCAAAACUUCGCGUAGAGAACUUGUACAGCCCGCAGUGGUUCUGGAAAUGACAGAAGAGGAACAGACCUUCCGCCUCAACAAUAUCAGCGAGGACUGCGUGCCAUCGAUUUUGCGAGGGUUUUCGGCUCCCGUCAUAUUGGUGAACCCUCACCAAACUGAAGAAGAUAUGGCGUUUUUGAUGGCAUAUGACAGUGACCCAGUGACGAAAUGGUUUGCCUCGAGGGCACUCGCCACUCCCAUCAUUCUUUCGCGGGCUUCGCAAGUUGUCGCAAACAAAAACGUUCGCAUUUUCGAACAAAUUUCGGGGGCUUAUAUUGAUGCGCUAAGGACCACCCUUACAGACAACACGCUCGAUAAUGCGCUUAAGGCACUACUGCUGCAGCUUCCCGACUGGAGCACGCUUUCCACUCAUAUGAAGACCAUCGACCCAGAAGCACUGCACCUGGCGAUUCGAUCUGUCAAGGCAGACGUGGCUGCCGCUUUGAAGACAGAAAUGGCUAAGGAAUACGAACACCUGACGCUUCCUGCAGGUGAGGAGGACGACAUGGAAGAGGAAAGUACCGGAAGAAGGAAGCUGAGGAACACUCUGCUGUUUUUCUUGUCGGAGAGCCGAGACAGGGAAGCUGUCGAUAGAGCCGUCAAACACUUCACAGAUGCAAAAUGCAUGACUGAUAGAUACGCGGGGCUAAUCACGCUCGGAAACAUUCCAACAGCGGAAAGGGAGACUGCAUUUGCUCGAUUCUAUGAAGACGCAGCAGGAGAUCCUCUCGUCCUAGACAAAUGGUUCAGAGCUCAGGCGCGCUCAGACCUUCCGGACCAGGUGGAACGCGUCGCAGAGCUCCUGAACCAUCCGGCCUUUUCUCUAAAGAAUCCCAAUAGACUGCGAUCUUUGAUUUUCACCUUCGCCUCUCUCAAUCCUUUGCACUUCCACAGAAGCGAUGGGAAGGGAUAUGAACUGCUAGCCAACGUUAUCCUUGAAGUCGACCGUAUAAAUCCAGUUGCAGCUUCCCGGGGGGCAAAAUUGUUCCUGCAGUGGAGGAGAUACAACGCGCACCGUCAGCGACUGAUCGAGAGCCAGCUGCACCGCAUUUUGUCGGCAAAGACUCUGUCAAAAAACGUCAAAGAAGUUGUGUCAAUGGCUCUGGACUCACCUCAUUCGUCGCCAUGA